GCUGCGUGGCCGCUGAGCAAGACACUUGUGUGCGUAAUCUCGUCCAUGCGCAAGUUUUCCAAAAUACUUGGGCUACAAGAAAAAGAAGAAAGACAACUAAAAUAGAGCGGAAAACAUCUGAGUUGGAGUUGUUUUGUCUUUUUUCUGGACUUUAACGACCAAUGUGGCUCCUCAGCUCCACCUCCCAGGUGACGGUGAUGGAUGAGCGCCUGUCUCCGUCCGCCCGCGGCGCGCAGAGCCCGGGGAGCAGCAGCGCAGCCACCGUGCACAGCAUCGAGGCCAUCCUGGGGUUUAAAGAGGACACACUCUUCCACAAAUCACUCUCUUACGGCGGGACGGACAAAGUCAAAGAUGCGGAGCGCAGCGGGAAUAAUGUAACUGUGACCCAAAUGAAGAAAGGUCACCAUUACCCAGAAAGUUGUGACGGUGUGUGCGGCGCGGAUGCCUCGGCCUGUCCGGAGUCGCCUGAGAGCGGCAGCAAACUGUCCGACGACGAGAACCACAAGAAGAAACACCGUCGGAACCGAACCACCUUCACCACCUUCCAGCUGCACGAACUCGAACGGGCCUUCGAGAAGUCCCACUACCCGGACGUUUACAGCAGAGAGGAGCUGGCCCUGAAGGUCAACCUGCCGGAGGUCCGAGUGCAGGUGUGGUUCCAAAACCGGCGGGCCAAAUGGCGUCGUCAGGAGAAGCUGGAGGUGAGCUCCAUCAAGUUGCAGGACACCUCUUCCUCCUCUCUGCUCUCCUUCAGCUGUUCUCCCACCAGCUCCUUGGGCGCUGGGCUGCAGCUGGAGCCCUGGCUCCCCACCUCCAUCACCACAUCCGCAACCCUGCAGUCGGUGCCCGGCUUCAUCAGCAGCUCGCAGAGCCUUCCCGGCGCCUACACUCCUCCUCCCCCUUCCAUGCCUUCCUCCUUGCCGGCCUCUUUAUUCAGUUCCCCGGCCCUGGGACACAGCCCUCACCUACCCCACAUGGGCUCUAUGUGCCCCCCGCCUCCAUACCAGUGCUCAUCUGAUCCAAGGAACUCCAGUAUCGCCUCACUGAGGAUGAAGGCAAAGGAACACAUCCAGUCAAUUGGGAAGACGUGGUGAUACUGAGUGGAGGUUUAAAAUAGACAUUAAGACCCAGAAUGUGAUGUGUGUGUUUUUCUGUUUUUUUUUUUUUAUUGAGCCGAUGGGAAUGUAAAAUAUUUGACUUUUUAAGAAGCUGGAACUCCAAUUAUACCCCAGGACUCAUGUACAUGGUGUCCCGAACACUCGGGAUGCAAAAUUGUUAAGUUGCUGAAAAGUAUGCCACUGUUGACCAUUUAAAAUUCAUUUUUUUAUGUGUUUUUCUUCUCCUUUAUCGUGUCUGUAAAUUUUCUUCCGUAAAACUUUACAUUCACCUGGCCGUGUUGCAGUCGUAUACAGUGAUAUGUUGCCAAUAUAACAAAUACAUGCCAUUGAUAGCCAUCAGUAUCUGUUUAUCCGGUUCAUAAUCAAGAAGCUGUAUUCAAUUACUUUUCUUUUGUACUAAAAAAAUGUAUCAUCUGCACCCACCCAACAAAAUAAACU